AUGACUGUCGGGUGUGGAGUGUCAACAGUAUUUGACACAUUAAAAAAAAUAAAUGAAACCGGAACCACUAAUUCGAGGCCUCGUUCCGGUCAUCCGCCUCUUAUUGAACCUUCACAACGAAACUGGCUUAAGCGACUUGUAACUAAUGAUAACACAAUUGUCUGGACACUUCAUAAAGUUGGGUUAAGAAAUUAUAUUGCUCGACGCAAGCCUUUAAUCUCAUCAACAAAUAUGGAGGUGCAUCUUGCAUGGGCUUUAGAAUAUCAAAGUUGGACAAAAUAUGAUUGGGCAAAAGUCAUGUGGAGUGACGAAUCGACCUUUUCCCAAUUCCAACAAACCCUGGACGAAUGUUUUGGGGAUGCUUUUCAAGAUAAGGCUUAG